AUGGAGAUCAUAAAGAGUCGCAGAGGACUCGUCAUCGCUUGCUGCAUAUUUUUACUUGCUUUACUUGCAGGAGGUGAGAUUCUCCCUCAAACCAUCAAGAGAAACUGUAGCUACACAGUGACAAUACAAACAACAUGCACAAAGGGUGCGGACACAUCAGACCAUGUGAGCUUGAGAUUUGGCGAUGAAAAAUCAAAUGACAUAAUUGUUGAACAUCUCAACUCCAAGCAUGUAAGGCAAGUUGAUCCAUUGCAGCCUCUUGUCCUGGAUGACAUUCCCAGAAAACCAUUCCAGGCUUGCUUGGUAGAUGAGUUCCAAGUGAAGGGGCAAUGCAUGGAAUCGCCGAUCUGCUAUUUGUAUCUGAAGCAAUCGGGAAACGACGAUUGGCGACCGGGUUUUGCGCAGGUGGAGGCAUUGGAAGACUCUGGUCUCAGCUCCACAAGUUUCUUUUUUCGAAGAUAUCUGCCCCGGAACGUUUGGCACGGCUCUGAUUUGUGUUUUAAAGAAACCACUCCUUUUGGAAUCAAGCAUAAGAGGAAGGUAUUCAACAAGAAACCAGCUGUCGCUGAGAGUCCAAGAACUUAAAUAACAAUCCGUUAUCGGAAUAAUGACCAUUAUAUAAUGGUAAAAAUAUCAUAAA